UGUACUCAAUCAAUCGUUCAAAGUGUUUAUGAAUGUGAAACCCUAACUAAUUAACCCUCCUCUAAAUCGACUAUAAUUUGUUUUGGACCCCAAUGUAGAUUAAUGCAUUCCACAUAUAUACAUGGAGAUAUGUGCCAGGAACAUGGAUUAUGCUUGUUUAAUAAGGAAAGUCAAACAGCGAAGCAGAUUUUUGGAAUCUACAUAUUUUGUCGCAAACAACGUACGCUAAGCUAAUUUUUAAAGAAAAUUAAUGCAAUGACUUCAACCGUCUACUACCUGCCCAACUUUGAUAUGUGAAACUCUUGAAUUUUGUUAUUAAUAUUACUGGCUGACUUUUUCUUGUACUUUUCUCAUCCAGAAUCUCAUCCAUUUAUAUUUCUUGUAUUAUCUAUUUUUAUUCUAAGAGAACUGCUUGCUUUGUUCUGGGAAUUGCUGCUAGAUGGAUGAUACAAUCAUAGAUUUAAUUGUAUUUGGAGUUGUAUCAUGGACAACAUUGUUUCUAUUAACAAGAAAGUUGUUUCCAAAUCGUUCUUUUGAUUUUUGUAACCGUUUGGUGUCAACAGUUCAUGCAAUUUUAGCAGUAACUUUAGCUUCUAUUUCUGUUCAAGAUUGGCGUUGCCCACUUUGUCCUUUGGCUUCAAGAUCUUCUCACGAACAGAUGAGGGCAAUGGCAAUAACAAUGGCAUAUCUUAUAUAUGAUAUUGUAUGUUGUCUUUUUGACAAGCAAGUGAAGAUUGAUAACUCGAUUCAUCAUUUGGUGAGUGGUGUUGGACUUGGAGCUGGGCUUGCCUAUGAACGGUGUGGUUCAAUACUGAUAGCAGCAUUGUGGUUGACAGAGAUUUCCAGUCCAUUCCUACACUUCAGGGAGAUUCUUAAAGAGCUUGGAUACAUAAAUACUGACAUUAAUCUUGCAGCUGAUGUUUUAUUUGCUAUAAUUUUCAGCAGUGCUAGGAUGAUAGGAGGCCCAUACGUAACCUAUGUCACUCUUUCUACUGAUAAUCCUAUCCUCAUUAAGGCCAUGUCUUUCGGACUGCAACUUGUUAGUACUUUCUGGUUCUAUAAGAUUGCUAGGAUGAUCAUGUACAAAUUCUCUAGGAGAACUAAAGCUAUAAGUGCUCCUUCAAAUAUAAAGCUAUAAGUGCUCCUUCAAAUAUGUAGUUGGCUCAUAAUUCUUAAGUAUUAUGUAUCAAAUCAAAUUUUUCUGUAUCAAACAUUCAUAGUAUUGAGGAGAAAUUAAUUAAAAGGUCCAUUACAUUCCUAAGAAUGUGUAGAUAAAAUAAAGACGAGGAAGAUUUGCAGCUUGUAUACAAGGGUAUUGACCUUGCGGUCAAUAAUGUAAGCAAAA